CAACCGUUGCCACUCGCUCAUCAACGGUCCUUUCUUUAUUGCCCUUUUUUUCUUUCUUUAUCACCACACUCGCUAAAUAUAUACCUCACGACACCUGUCGUAUAAUAAUCCCUCACCCGUACUUAGCAACUACACCCGAGGAUUCAUCAACCUAGAACGAUCGCGAUGCUGUCCAAGACCUUCUACGCGGCCACCGUGGCUCUUGCCGCGUCCACCUUAGUCUCCGCGCAGACCUUCACUGACUGCGACCCCACCAAGGAAGACUGCCCCAACGCCCCUGCUUUUGGGGACGACGUCUUCCUUGAUUUCUGCGUCAACAACGGCGAGGACUAUAUCUACAGUCUCGACGGCACCACUGUUACAUACGACGAUGAGCACGGCGCCGUCUUCUCCAUCUCUAGACUCGGCCAAGCACCCACCCAGUCUUCGCACAAGUACCUCUUCUUCGGCGAAGUCGAGUGUACAGUCAAGGCCGCUCCUGGUCCCGGCAUCGUGACUAGCAUUGUCCUCGAAGCCGAUGACCUCGACGAGAUUGACUGGGAGUGGGUUGGCGGCGACAACUUCAACGUGCAGACCAACUACUUCAGCAAGGGUGACACCACCACCUACGACCGCGGCGGCAUCCACCCCAUCGAGAACCCUACCGGCCAGUUCCACACGUACGGUAUUGUCUGGACGAAGGAGAAGAUCGACUGGACCAUCGACGGCAAUGUCAUCCGUACCCUCACCUACGAGGAGGCCAAGGGCGGCAAGGAGUUCCCUCAGUCGCCCAUGCAGCUGAAGUUCGGUACUUGGGUCGCCGGCCGCCCCGACGCCGGUGAGGGCACCAUCGACUGGGCCGGUGGUAUGGCCGACUUCUCCAAUGGUCCUUUCGACGCCUACUACCGCGACUGCCGCAUCGUCGACUACGCCGGUGGCGUUGAGGGCGCCAUUGAGUACAAGUACGGCGACCGCUCCGGCACCUGGGAGUCCGUCAUCGUCAUCACCGAGGAUGGCGAGGCCCCUCCCACCACCCCGACCACCACCGCCAGGACCACGACUACCUCCCCCACCACUGCCGCCCGCACAUCCACUAGCUCUCCUGCCAGCACCUCCGCGGCCCAGUCGUCUGCCCAGCCCUCCAGCUCACCCAACGCCAGCUCCGCCAGCUCGGCCAGCUCUUCCGCUGAGUCUACGCUGGUCACCUCCGUCGUCCCGUCCUCUUCUGCCGCUUCCUCUGCUGCCGCUUCCUCUGCUGCGGAGACCAGCGCCGCCUCGACGCCUCCAAUCUCGCCCGAUAACGCCGCUGUCGAGCAGCCCAGCGCCGCCCCCAGCGAUGAGCCUUCUUCCGGCAUGACCACUCGUGCUAACUUUGCCCUGGGCAUUGCCGGUCUGGUCCUCGCCUACCUGUUCUAAGUCGAACGGUGCUUCAAGGCAGACAAUUGCGGUGUUUGCGUGCGAUCGCCCGAGUGCGGAUCACGCCUCUUCGCUCUGCGUUGAACGUCGACACGGCAAAGCAGGGACCACACGCGGCUCACAUAUAACAUAAAACCACGCCGGUCAGACGGGGGAGCUUGAUCAUAUACUUUCUCUACUUCUCAUUGUCUCUCUCUCACCUCAUCUCUCAGUUAUCCUUGCGGAUCUCACGCUAUAUCUCGGAUUAACUGCUGUGGGCGGCACAUAACUUACGAGCGAGUUUUGGACAAUCUACCCCUUUUGCGCAAUACAUAGGUUUUUUUUUGUAAUGGCAUCAUGCUCUUCUCUCUGGGCCUUUCAUCGGCGCCGGCAACUCACAGCACGAGAUUGGUCUUAUUUUGCAGUGACCAGUGACGCUUUUUUUUGGCCUCAUGGGGC